AUGAAAAACUGUUAUUUUGGUGAUAUUGUGAUUGUGUGUGUUGAUGAAGAUGGUGAUGGUGAUGAUCAUUAUUCGGAGGCUGGAUAUGAAUUAUUACAAAACCACUUAGAUAGUGUAGCAUGGGAAAGAGUGGAGAGGAAUGAAAAGAUUUAUGAUCAUAUGGAGAGUCUAAUGAAACCCUAUAUUUGGUCAGGUUUGGAAUAUAUUGAGAAAAAUCCAUUUCCAGACAAUGAUUGUAAAUUGGUGUUUUAUAGAGUGUUGAAGAAAUUUGGAGAGUUAUUGGAAAUGGCUUCAGAUGCUAUCAAGUGUGAUGAACGGUUGGUUCUUAAGGCUGUUAAAAGUAAACCUUCCUCUUUGCAAUUUGCAAGUUUGGAAUUGAGAUCAAACAGAGAGUUUGCAUUGAAAGUUGUUUCGUUUAAGACUCUUCAUAGUGGUUCUCCAUUUGAAUUUUUGGAGAAUUUUCAUGGUGAUUAUGAAAUAGCAUUGUUAGCUGCCAAACAAUAUGGAAUGGCAUUGGAGUUUGUUGCACCAAAGUUGAGAAAUAACAGAGAUAUCAUACGUGAAGCAGUGGAAAAUAAUGGAUGUGCACUACAAUUUGUCCCUGAACAAUUAAAAGAUAGAAGCUUAGUAUGGAGUGCUUUAGAUUCAUAUUGCAAGUUUGAAUUUGUACCAAAAGAAAUGGAGAAUGAUAGAGAAAUUUUACUUAAAGCUGCCUUACAUUCAAAUUUGAGCAGAAUUCCAGACUUAUUUCACAGUGACAGAGAAUUCGUUCUUGAACUUGUAAAGAGAGAUGGAUGUUUAUUACAACAUCUUCCAAUAGAGUACCAACAGGAUAGAUUAUUUGUAUUGGAAGCUGUAAAACGGAACCCUUUUUAUUUAGCUGAGGCAAGUGAUGAAUUUAGAGGUGACAGGGAAAUUGCUUUGAUUGCUUUUCGGAAAAAUCCGGAUGUAUUUCAAUAUAUUUCAAAUAACUUGAAAAAUGAUAGAGAUUUCAUAUCAAGCUUGAUAUUGAAUGGAUAUGACCUGUAUAGAUUACAACGGUUUGGUGUUGCACUAGCCAACGAUCGAGAUUUCAUUUUGAGUGCGAUGGAUAAUUGGCUUGACUUUUCAAAUUUUAUGGAUAUGGAAAAUACUUACAGGUCAGACCUGGAAUUAUGUAAAAAACUUAUCAAACUAUAUCCUGAUUGCAUACGUUAUACACUAUGUGAAGAACUGAAACAUAACAAAGAAUUAGUAAUGAGCUUAUUACCUCAUAGUUUGGAAAUACUUGAAGACAUACCAGACGAGCUGAAGAAUGACAGAGAAUUUAUUCAAUACGCAUUACGGUUGCAUGACAAGUCAUUACAGUAUGCGUCGGACGAGCUGAAGAAUGAUAGAAGUUUGGUAAUGGAAGCCAUAAAAUACGAUAGCAAUAACUUUAUCUUUGCUUCUGACGAAUUGAAAAAUGACAGACAAAUUGUAGACUAUAUUAUUCUUCAAAAUGCAUCUUUAAUUGAAUUUGCCUCCAAGUCCAUUAGAAAUGAAAGAGAAAUUGUAUUGAAAGCUAUCAAAAAUUCAUUUACUGAUAUUUCUCAAUUUUUAGGUUAUGAAAUUAUGGAAGAAAGAGAAAUAGUCUUGGAGUGUGCUAAAAGGUUUGGAGGUUUGGAGCAUCUUAUAACCGAGUUUAGAAAUGAUAGAGAAAUUGUUCGACAUGUUAUUCAAAAUAAUAAGGGUGAACAGCUUACUUAUGCAUCUGAACAUUUACGCAAGGAUCGAGAAAUGGAGCUAAUUGCAGUAAGGAAUGGGCUGAGUUUGAAGUAUGUCCAUAACAAAAUAGACAGGGAAAUUGUAUAUGCUGCCGUAAAUCACUAUGAAAGAAACGUUAAAUAUAUACCAGAUGAAUUCAUGAAUGAUGAGGAAAUUAUCUUACUAUCUGCUAAUUAUCGUAAUUGUUUAGAUUACACUGGAGAACAAUUGAAAUCAAAUAAGGAAUUUAUUAGAAAAUUGAUUUCAAAAAAUGGUUGUUUAUUAUCAGAUGUAGCAAGUGAGCUGAAGGAUGAUAAAGAAGUUGUGAUGGAUGCUGUGACUUCAAAUGGCUUAUCACUACAGUUUGCUUCACAAUCAAUGAAAGAGGAUAAGGAAAUUGUUUUGUCAGCUGUAAAAUCCGAUGGACAAGCUCUGUCCCACGCCCCUGAUCAUUUUAAAAAUGAUAGAGAAAUGAUAAUUUCUGCAGUUGAUCAUGGGUUUGCGGAAUUUGAUCAUGAUUACACUGCAGAUAGAGAAAUAGCACUAAAGGUAGUGAAUAGGGAUAUUUUUUAUUUCGAAUACACAAAGGAACUGAGAAUGGAUAGAGAUUUCAUAUUACAAAUAGAAAAUCCAAAUUUCUCCCUUUUAUCAAUUUCCCCUAAAUUAAGAAAUGAUAGAGAAAUAGCUUUUAAGGCGUUGGACAUGGAUGGGAAUGCUUUAUUGUACGUCUCUGACGAGUUGAAGAAUGAAUUUAAAAACGAUCGAGAAGUAUUGUUAAGAGCAAUUGGAACUAAUCAAAUAGCAUUUGUUUGUGCCUCAGUUGAGUUGCAAAAUGAUGAAAAGUUUGUAUUAGAUUCGGUCUCAGUGAAUGGAAUGGUAUUGAGAUAUUUACCACUCAAAUUCAAGGAUAAUAGACAAGUUAUUUUGAAAGCUGUUCAAAAUAAUGGUUGGGCACUCUUUUACGCACCAUCAGAAUUACUUCAGGAUAGAGAAAUAGUAAUGAAUGCCAUAAAGAAUACUGGUACUUCAUUGGAAUAUGCUCCUUUCGAAUUUAGAAACGAUAAGGAAAUUGUUUUAGAGGCAAUUAAAACCAAUGUGGAAUCUUUACAAUCGGCUUCAUAUGAAUUACGGAAUGAUGAGGAAUUUAUUUCACAAGCUAUGGAUAUUGAUAUUGAAUCUCUUCAAUAUGCCAAUUAUUCACUGAGAUAUAAUAUUGAUUUUCUUACAAGAAUGAAUAAGGAAAAUAGGAUUAUUCAAGGAGCAUCAGAACAGUUACAAAAAGUUAUUGACAUGAAUGGAUUACUACAACAAUUCAAGCAGGAGACAACUAGCAAAAUCUACAACUUCAAUCCCAUUACUUUAUGGACAAUUUCAAUUUUAUUAGUGGCUUUAUGUUGUGGAAUCAAAUUAUAUAAUAUUUGA